CGCACAGCGGCACAACUGACGGUGCGCUAUAUACACUACUAUAGCAGAUUUUCGCUUCGGCUCAGCUUUGCGCGCACCAAAAUACACAGAUCAAACAUAAAGAAAACUUCAUUGCGAGGAAAAAUUCAACUUUCUACUCGAGGUCAUUUCAAGAAGGAAUAUUGGUGUUAAGGGCUUCACUGUCAGGAACCUGAGCAAGAGAGCUUGUGAUGUAAGGAUUGUGUACGCUCCAAGCAACAACUUCAAAAUAUACAAGGGAGCACAGGUCAGGAGUGGCCAUGCCCUUCGGCUGUUUAACAAUUGGAGAAAAGAAGGAUUACCACAGUCCUUCAGACGUGACAGACAAAUAUGACAUGGGUCAAAUUGUUAAAUCGGAAGAGUUCUGUGAGCUAUUCAGGGCCAAGGACAAAAAUUCAACCAGAAUGUACACAUGUAAAAAGUUUCUGAAGAAGGAUGGAAGAAAGGUGCGCAAAGCUGCCAAAAAUGAAAUCCUCAUUUUGAAGAUGGUGAAGCAUCCUAAUAUUCUCCAGCUGGUGGACGUCUUUGAGACUAAAAAGGAAUACUUCCUUUUUCUUGAACUUGCAACAGGUAGAGAAGUGUUUGACUGGAUCUUGGAUCAAGGCUAUUACUCAGAGCGGGACACCAGCAAUGUGGUGCGCCAGGUCUUGGAAGCUGUCGCGUACCUCCACUCUCUGCACAUUGUUCACAGAAAUCUCAAGUUGGAGAACUUGGUUUAUUACAACCGCUUGAAGCACUCUAAAAUAGUCAUCAGUGACUUUCAUCUUGCCAAGUUGGAAAAUGGAUUAAUCAAAGACCCCUGUGGGACACCAGAGUAUUUGGCACCUGAAGUAGUCGGCAGACAGCGAUAUGGUCGACCUGUAGACUGCUGGGCAACAGGUGUCAUUAUGUACAUUCUACUGUCAGGUAACCCUCCUUUCUAUGAUGAAAGUGAUGAAGAUGACUAUGAAAAUCAUGACAAGAACCUAUUCCGAAAGAUCCUUGCAGGCGAUUACGAGUUUGACUCUCCAUACUGGGAUGAGAUCUCAGAUUCAGCAAAGAAUCUGGUUACACGUUUGAUGGAGGUGGAUCAAGACCAGAGAUUGACAGCCCAGGAGGCUAUAAAUCAUGAAUGGAUCUCAGGUGGUGCAGCUUCAGAUAAAAACAUCAAGGAAAACGUAUGCGCGCAAAUAGAGAAGAACUUCGCUCGGGCCAAAUGGAAGAAAGCUGUGCGGGUCACCACCAUCAUGAAGAGACUGAGAGCAACUGACCAAAGUAAUGCAAAGACCUCCAGUCCAGCAGCGACCGCAGCAUUGGACCCUGCACCUCCCGAGGCCACUGCGGACCCAGGUGCACCUUCACCUGCUGUACAGGAAGUGGUCACAGUGAUAAACAAGCCAGUUGUGGAAGACACUCAUGGGACAGAGCCACAGGCACAGGAAGCCGAGCCCACCUCUCGCUGCAAUGGAGAUACUGUGGCUCCACUCCAUGUAGGUGAUGAUGCAAGAGAUGAGCAAGGCUAGGCCCCCUUUUACGUUUAUUGCUGUGACCUCUGCACACCCGCCAACUCCUGCACACUGUACAUUAGCUGCUAGCAUGGUGACAAUGACUCUGUUUCUCUCUCACUUGCAGCAUUAUUAUAAGGCUGUGUACUAGCUUUCCUGCGUGCUCUGCAUUAUAUUGGCAUUCUAUUUAUAUGAAUCGCAUUUCCGCUUACUAGGCUCGGCGUACAACCGAUUCUAUUAAAUAUUUGCUUGACUUUUGAGGUGAAGAACAGAUUGGUUGUCAAGCUGUAGUUUUAAAAGGAUGUCUCUCAGUCACAAGAAGAAAACUAAAGACGUCCGGAUCAGUCUUGAUUCCUUUUUUGAAAGAUGACUUGGGAAAUCCUUCUUAGCCAGUUCUAUAAAUCAGAGGAUAGUUUUGAUGUGAAAAUGUUUACUUUGUAUACCUUCGUGGCCCAAACAUGUUUUUCUUGUCAUAGGUACAGUAACAAACAGUUACUGUAUAUAUCACACAUAAGCACAGAAGAACAAAGUUUUUUUAGUUUGCUUUUUCCCUCCUCAGGAAAGAACUUCAUAGUUGUAAGUCUGAAGAUUUUGUACAUAGAAAACUUUGUAGAAGUAGCUAAAAGAGCAUGCGUUUUCAUCUUCUGCUGUACAUUUACAUUUCAUAUAAAUAUACCGAGAUAUAUAUAUAUAGCGGAAAACACUCAGGUGACUUGAAGUUUAGCUCUGAGAACCCCAAUUUGGCCAAAUUUCAAAACUGUCUUAUGUGCAUGUGUGAUACAUCAUUGGAAAGCUUAAAAUCUCAUUUUUCUGGGGGAAGGAAAAUUUUGAACAGGGGGGCAUUUAGAAAAAUAAAAAAUAAAACCUUAAACCCCGAAACCCUAACUCGAGGUGAGAGCAUUAGAGAGCAUAAUUAAAAGACACCAUGAUUUUAACGAAGUAUGAUUGCAUACUUACCUUCUUUCAAUCCAAAAACUGUGUGUAGCAUGUCUCAAUGAGUGUUAAAACACCGUAGUGAAUGGCACAGCCGGACUAUUUGGAGAUUUUAUGGGUGAAACACCGUAAUAUAACAAGCGUCGCAAUGCAGAAAUCGCAGACAUCAAGGAGUGGUAGAGAUUUUUCUUUUUCAUAUAUUUACAAGUUCGAGUUCUUUUGGCUUUAAAUACACCUGUUUAUUUUAAAGAGGGCUGCAAGAGCAGAAAGUGCUUUUUCAGCCUUGUCUGUGUUUUCAGCUAUAAAUAAAUAUAUAUGGCGGAAAACAUUCAGUGGCUUGGAGUUCCACUCUGAGACCCCCAAUUUAGCCAAAUUUCAGAAUUGUCCUAAAUGCAUGUGUGAUACAUCAUUGGAAAGCUUUAAAUCUCAAUUUUCUGGGGGAAGAAAAACUUUAAACAGGAGGGCAUUUAUAUAAAAAAAAAAA